GUUGGUACGGCUGGAGCUAUAACAAAUGUCAAAUUAUUGUUAACAAUAUAUUAUUAUUCGUUGAGUUGGUGCUGUUGUUCCAAUGAUAAGGAGGUUGGUUUCUGUUUGGGACUGACUAUAUUUGUUAUCUCUUGGUCUUGGGAUUAUUGUUGUUUUUCUUUUGUCUCCGUUUUAGUAGGCUUGCGUUUGGCCGACUUUGGAAAACUUUUGUUUUCAGAGACUUCCCGUUUGCUUCCCACUAAAGUACUUGUUGGAGAGGCUUUCAGGAGUGCUAUUGUGCCGUUGAUCAAGACGGAGAUGGACGGCCGUAAUAAUUAAUUACAGGAUUCCAUUCUAAUUCGUGAAGAGCACUACAUCAAACUCAAAAACCAGAGGACCAAAGGAAUUAAAAAAAAAAAAAAAAAAGGCAUGGCUACGUAUUUGCCAAAUCUAAGCAACAAAAAAUGUGAUCCCUCAUCACAAUACAUGGAUGACCCAUUCGUCACAUGUCCUAGCGAACCGUCUCUGCGCGGGGGUGGCGGCAACGAGAUGAUGUACUUGAACAGCCAUCAAGCAGCCAUGAUCUUGCCUGGUACUAAUUGUCUAAAUUCCAAUUGCGUUGACUCGGUCGAAAGUCGAAAUGAAAUGAUGUUCAUUCCUCCCAUAGAACAGAAUGUCCAUUAUCAGGGACAAGGAUUAUCUCUUAGCCUUGGAAAAGAAUUUCAGUACCAUUAUUCUUCAAACCCAAGUCUCUCUUCUGAUCAUAUGGGUACUUGUGUUUCAAGUUUGGGAAGCAACAACGAAAGCGUUGAGUGCUUCUCAAUGGCAUCCGGGUUUUGCGGAGGCAAAAAAACAGAGGACUUAGGCAAUCCAAAUGGAGGUUUUGGUUAUCGUUUUGGUAACAAUGUUUUGAACUCCAAGUACCUCAAGGCUGCACAGGGAUUGCUUGAUGAAGUGGUCAAUGUCCGAAAGGCUUUGAAGCACAAGUUGCAGGGGAAUAUCGGGUCAUCGGAUGGUUUGAAAGAAAAUGACGAUGGGAAAGCCAAUGAUCCAUCGUCGGAUCCUAGUGAAACAAGUGCAAAUCCUCCUUGUGAGAUAUCUCUCACGGAACGACAGGAUUUGCAGAAUAAGAAGACUAAACUCAUGUCCAUGUUGGAUCAAAUUGACAAAAGAUACAAGCAAUACUAUCAGCAAAUGCAAAUAGUGGUGUCGUUUUUUGACAACUUGGCUGGGCGUGGGGCAGCUGAGGCAUACACCGCCCUUGCCCGGAAGACAAUAUCCCGUCAUUUCCGGUGCUUGCGCGACGCGAUCAGCGAACAGAUUCAAGCAAUACAGAGAAGACUUGGGGAACAAGAUCACUCAACGAAUAGCCAGCCAUCAGCAAUUCCUCGUCUGCGCUAUGUGGACAUGAAGCUGAGACAAGAGAGGGGAAUCAAUCAGCUUUCCGCAAUGAGACAUGCUUGGAGGCCUCAAAGGGGUCUCCCAGAAAGCUCUGUCACCAUCCUUCGUGCGUGGCUCUUUGAGCAUUUCCUUCAUCCGUACCCAAAAGAAUCAGAGAAAGCUAUGUUAGCAAAGCAGACUGGAUUGACCCCAAAACAGGUGGCCAACUGGUUUAUCAAUGCAAGAGUACGGCUGUGGAAGCCCAUGGUCGAAGAGAUGUACAAAGAAGAAUUCAACGAUUUGGAGAACAACCCGAACUCGUCACCGGAAAAUCCCCACAUGAUUAAGAUUAACAAAGAAACACACGGAAUACUUGACGAUUCCUCAUCACCAUAUUAUUCGGACAACACGAGGACGAGGAAAGAAGAGAUAGAGAAGAUCAGGAGAAGCAGCAGCAGCAGCUUGUGUGAGGAAUACAUGAGUAACAUCACGGAGUCCGACAAUGCAGCGCACAACGUGUUCAUGGGCGACGAGGCUCUCCGUACAAACGACCAGAAUUCCACGUCGUAUGGCGUGGCAGAGGAGGACUUGGGAGGCAUCGUAGUCCGCGACUCCCGCCACGUGUCGCUCGCGUUGGAGUUGCGGCACUGUGAAAGUGAUGGAUUUUCCACGUUGGGUGGUGGGCCCCACAAUGAUUCUGCUUCUGAUUCUGCUGCUGCUUCCGCUUCUCUGGAUUAUCAAAGCAGGUUCAGCAAUCCUCACCUGUUGCAUGAUUUUGUAGUGUGAGAAAGAAAGCCAAGGAAAAAAAAAAAAAAAAACAGAGAGAGGGAGAGAGAUUUUUGGGAUAUU